AUGGAUUCAGUAGCCUUCAAGAGCUACAUUAAAGCCAACGAGUUAGAAGAGCAAGCUUUUCGCAUCAAGACUCGCAAGCGUCUCAUCAUCAUCACCCUCUCCACCAUCGUUCUAAUCACACUGAUCAUCGUUGCCACUAUCGGAACUAUCACACGUAGCAGCAAAAGUAGCAGCGACAGCCAGAGUAAUUCUGCGUCUCCGACGAACGACGACGUGGCCAAGUCCAUUGAAUCUAUGUGCAAUGUAACCCACUACCCAGACGCCUGCUUUUCAAGCAUGUCUUCUGAUCUCAAGAUCUCGUCCACAAACCAAACCUCGCACAUGAUCAGUACUGAUCCACAAAAGCUCUUCAUGUUGUCCCUCCAAAUUGCACUUAACGAGCUUGUCAAUCUAUCUUCUUCUUUGCCUGAAAUUCUCACUCCCUCCAAUGUGCAUCACGAUGAUGAUCCAGUAUUACUACAGCACGCGUGGCGCGAUUGUCAACAUCUCAUUGAGGCCGCUAUAGAUCACGUUAACAUGUCCAUCAUGUCAAUGAAAUCGUUCACAACGACUAGUAUUAUUGAUAUCAGGACGUGGCUCAGCACGGCCAUUACUGAUCAAGGGAGCUGCUUGGACGGGUUGGAGGAGGUGGGACCGCUGACUAUGAGACUCCAGGAAGAUGUGAGGAUUGCAAUGAAGAACUCUACUGAGUUCACAAGUAACUGCUUGGCAAUCAUUUCUAAUAUACUCACCAUCUUCCCGGAUUUUCAAGUCCCGGUAUCUAGGAAAUUGCUUAAGGCUGAGGUUGGUGGAGAUUACCCCAAUUGGGUUAGUGGGGGAAAAUAUCGGAGACUGCUGCUGGAGGAGGAGGAGGCGGUGAUGGAACCAAAUGUGACGGUGGCCAAGGAUGGGAGUGGGGACUUCCGGAGCAUAAUGGAGGCAGUGAAUGGGGUUCCGAGGAAGAGCGAGUUCAUGUAUUUGAUCUAUGUGAAGGAAGGGGUGUAUGUGGAGAAUGUAGUUGUGGGUAAGGAUAUGUGGAAUGUGAUGGUUUACGGUGACGGAAUGAAUAGGACCAUCGUCUCCGGCAGCUUGAAUCAUGUAGAUGGGGUGCCCACUUUCAACACAGGCACAUUCAUAGCAGAAGGGAGAGGUUUCAUUGCAAAGGGCAUGGGCUUCAUGAACACUGCAGGCCCACAAAAAGAGCAGGCCGUGGCCUUGCGCUCAUCCUCAGACAAGUCAGUCUUCUACAAGUGCUCCUUCAAUGCAUUUCAAGACACCCUCUAUGCCCACUCCAACCGUCAGUUCUACCGGGACUGCUAUAUCACUGGCACCGUUGACUUCAUCUUCGGCAAUGCCGCCGUUGUUAUACAGAAUUGCACAGUCCAACCGCGGCAGCCCAGGCCCAACCAGUUCAACACCAUAACGGCCCAAGGCAAAACCGACUCAAAUCAGAACACCGGCAUCUCAAUUCAACGGUGCAAAAUCACCCCGUUCAACAAUCUAACGGCUCCAACCUACCUUGGCAGGCCCUGGAAGAAUUUCUCAACAGCCAUAUUCAUGCAAUCCAACAUCGGAGGGUUCAUAAGCCCUGCAGGAUGGAUCCAGUGGACUCCAAAUGUUGACCCACCUAAGACAAUAUUCUAUGCAGAGUAUCUGAAUACAGGGCCUGGGUCAGGGUUGGAUCAGCGUGUGGAUUGGGCCGGUUAUAAGCCCAAUAUCACAUUCAAGGAAGCAGCUAAAUUUACUGUGGAGUCUUUUAUUCAGGGAAGUGAAUGGUUGCCUCGUGCCACUGUAACCUAUAAUACAACCUAA